UAAUUUUCCUACUGCUUUGUUUUCAGGUCAUUAAACAAUGAAUAUCAAAAUUAAAUAUACAUGUAAGAAUACAGUAAUACAGUAGUUUGAUUAAAACACCCAGGCUUAUUUGGGAACUUGAAGUACAUAUAUUUUCAGCUAUUUGAUAAAUAUUAAUACAUACCAGGUAAACACAAUCCACCAAUAUUAYAGUGUGGAGCAACAAUAUUACAGUGUGGAGUUGAGACUUGUAAAUAAUGUGGCAUGGAGUGAUGAUGCUGGUUUCUAAAACUAGCUGAAGAGUUUGACAUAAAUAAAUGAUAAAAUUUUUACUUUUCUUAACCAGUUAAUCUUGAAGGCUAUUUUGGCAUAUACUCUCAAGUGUAAAGCACUAUGGAGUAGUUCAACUGCAUAUAUUGUUUKGUAAAUGGUUAUAGAAUAGCUCGUGGUCAAUGGGUGUGCCACUGUAUAAAAGUACUAUAAUAAUAACAGUUUUGUUCAUAAAUUAUGUACUUUACAUCAUAAUAUAUAUUUUAGUUGUAUCACCAGAUGAAUAGAUAUGGUGAUUGUUAUUCUUAAAAUUAACUUCCAUGUAAUCAUAUUAAUUGUCAUUGACUUGUAAUAAUAACUAAACCAUGAAAUAAAAAUUGAAGUAACAAAGUAUCAAUAAAAGUACAUGACUGAAUUGAAAUGUGUAAAUCAAAAAUAUUGUUACAAAACUKAAAAUUUUGGUGCAUUUUUUCUUUCGAAAUAAGGCAAGCUAGAGGUGUUAAAGCACUUUCGAAAACGAUUAUAUGGAGGUGUUUCAAACUGUGAAGGAAGCAGAAUUAGGAAAUAAAACCCGCUUUUUUUUUGUCAGCACCUCUGAAACGCAUGGGCUACCUGUGURGUAAGAAAAAUUGUGUCAGCGGCUAUUACUAUUGCAGGCGCGCCGUUUUCAAAUAUGGCGGAUUCCAUAACAGAUGUUUUCUAUCCGAGUUGUUGUUGUUUUAGAUUCAAUUUGACCACAGGAUAGGGAUAACAUUCAAAGAAAAUGUCUAUAAACCAAACAAGCGAUACUUAGAACAAAAGGAAGUGGAAAGAGACGCGAACUUUACCUUGUGAAAUCAAAGUUUUGAUGURAAGUGUUGUCGACAUGUCUGUUUAUAUAAAKAAUUUUACGGCAGGGCAAACGUAAUCUUUACUACAAUAUUGUCAGUGAUGGAGGGACUUCCAUYCAAGGAAGCAGCUCGAGGGUUGGCUUCUGAAAUCAAGCACCUUGCUUCACAAAAACACACACUAGAGGAAGAGCUUCUUCAGUGCAAAGCUGACAAAGACUUUGUUUGGAACUUGUGGAAAAGGCUACAAACUGAAAAACCUGACAUGGCAUCAGUCAUCAGCAUGGUAGUAUCAMGAGAAAAGGAAAAAGCAGAAAGGAAAGAUCUGAAGAUUUUAGAAAUUCUCCGCUUGAAAGAUGAAAAGAUUGUGGAAAUGCGCGAGGCUUUAAAUGCUGACAAAGAGGAGAUGAAAAUGAACAAAGAAAGGCUUCAUGAUUUGUUGAUAGAGAAUGAUGAAUUAAAACAAAAACUAGAUGAGCAUGAGAAUGAGCUGUCCAGUAAAAUGAAAGAAAUGGAGGAAAGGACAAGAGAAAUUGAAGAAAAGAAUCAAUAUCUUUCRCAACUGGUAAAAGCUUACCAGGAAGAGAAAGAAGCAAAGGACAAGGAACUUAAGGACAACCUUGAACAAAUUGAUAGUGAAAAGAAUGGCCUCAAGUCAAAAAUCAAGUAUUUAGAAGAUGAAGUAGAGAAGCUCAAUGAGGAUAGAACCUCUCUUGGGGAAGCCAUGAAAACAAAUGCCAAUUUAAAGGAGCAAAUCCAGGAAAUGGAGAAAACAUUGCAAAAUCUGAAGUCAAAUAGUGAGAGCUGUGAAAAACAGUAUGAUGAAGCAGUAACCACUUUAAGAAUACGAGAAAAUCAUUUGCAAGAUAAAGAUAAAGAAGUUAUUGCACUGAGAGAAAGAAUGAUAGAUUUCAGAAAUUCACAUGAUCAAGCUCUGGUUAAGAUACGAGAACAGACAGAAAUGAUUGAACAUUUGCAGGGAAUGCAGGACCAAGUUUAUAGAGUGAUGGAAGAUCAUAAACAGUCUUAUGAAAGAGAAAUAACAUCACUUCACAAGGAAGUUGAAGAUCUGCAGCAUCAAUGCACAGAAUAUCAUAGAAAUGAAGAUCAUUUUCAAAAUGAAAUUGGUGCUUUGAAACAAUCCAAGGCAAGUGACUUUGAAGACAUCAUGGCUAAAGAUCAGCAAAUAGAGGAACUUCAGAAGAAGAUUAUAGAAAUAGGUAGAACUCAUUCUAGCCCACAGAAACRUGCACGAUUUGAAGAGCCCUGUAAACACUGUAAAGAGCUGGAGGAAAAACUAGAAAACUUGAGUGCAGAGCGAGAAGACCUUUCAGAUGUUUUACAAGAAAAAUCAAGGAGGAUUUCAUCUCUUGAAAAGACUAUCAAGAGUAGCUUGACAAGUAAAGUUAGUGCUAAAAAAGAUCUGUUAGUGGAGACUUAUCAUGAUAAACUACAUCCAGGAAGUCCAGUAAACCAAAAAAUAAAUCAACUUGAAAAGAGAAUUCAAGAUUUAAAAAGUCUCAUUGGUUUAAAGGACAGUGAACUUACUGAGGUCAGGCRAGCMCACAAUCAAAGACAACAACGUUAUCAGUUAUUAAAGGAAAAUUAUGGCCUUGUCCAAAACCAACUCAAAACKUUUGAGAAUGAGCCGGUUGAGAGAACACCACCACGGCGCCCAAGUGAGCGUGCCUUACGUCAUGAAAACAGUGAUGGUGUUUGGAAUGAGCUCACAUACUAUCGUGGGGAAUACGAAAAGCUAAACAAAGAUAGGCAUGAUGUCUUAGAGGAGCUGGAUAUUCUCYGUGUUGAACAUGCUAAUGACUUAACAACAAUACAGGAACUAAGACUGUGUCUAGAGGAGGAGAAAGAAGGGCUACUGAAUCAACUUGAAGAAGAUAAGAAAAAGACCAUUGAUUAUGCCAGAGAGUCUAAAAAGUCUGAGCUGCUUAAAGACGAGAUAUCUUUGCUGAGGAAAACAGAGCAAGARAGCAAAAGUAGAAUACAAGAACUGGAGGAGGAGAUUGUUCAUUGUAAACAAGAAUUGAAACUCUUAGCUGAAGAUAACGCAAACUUAAAGAGAAAUGCUGUCCAUCUGGAAAAACAGUUGAACUCAGCAUCCUGUGAAAUAGAAGAUCGAAUUGUAGAAUGCAAAAGACUAAAAGAAACAUUAGGAGAAAAUGAGAUGAACAUAUCACCAAUUAAAUUUGCUGAAGUAAAGACAAAAGAYAAUGAACUCAUUAAACAGCAGGCAAAAGAUAUUGAUAUGUAUGACCUACAACUCAAGAAAAUAGCUGAGAGAAUCUUAAGCCCCUCCAAGCAGCACAAGAAAGACCUAUCUCCAACACGAAAAGAGAGCCAAGGAACACAAACAAUAGAGAUGUCACGCACAGCUGAUUUUAGUUCCUUUGUUGAUUUUAAUCAAUCUGACUUAGAAGUUGGUGUGGUUGAGGUGGAUGCAAGAGCUAAGAAUGUUCAACUUGAUGAAAAAGUUGAUAAUUUAAAAAAGAUUUCCARUGCACAAACCCCUAGAGGYAAAAAGAUUGCUACAACCACAAAAAAGACACCGGUAAAAGGAGAGUGGAGCGGRAUGAGGCAAAGGAUUCUUAGCCUGACACAACAGGUGGCUGCUAUUCGUAGUGCUAAGGACAAAGCUGUYAAAGCUCUGAAUGAGGAAAAGACAACUAAUGAGAACCUCCAGUCAGAAUUGAAUAAUGUUUUACAGCGAUUUCAAGUCAGCAAGAACACUGUACAGACGCUUACAGACGAUUUAAAGAAGUGCUUGAAAGAGAAAGAAGAAAUAUUAGCAGACAAAGAAAAUGCUGACCAAAAUGAUGCUGAAAUGAUGAAAAGAAAAUAUGAAGAAAAGCUACGAAUUACCAGCAGUGAGUUAUCUCGUCUUAAUGCACUUGUCAAGACUCACCGUAAUGAGAAAAACGAUUUGAAAGAAAAACUCUCUGACUCACAGGAACGUCUUACUAGAGYUGAAAAAGACUUGGCUCAAAAGAAAACAUUUGUUGAAGAAAUGAAAAACAAGUUGAGACAAGYUAAAGAUGCAGAAGAAAGAUCUGAUGAUACAGUGAAAGAUUUUGAAGAAAGAAUUAAAAGACUGACUGAGAGAGACACACAGAAGAAACUACAGUUGGAUAGUCUUAAAAGACAACUUGAAAAUGAAGCAAAAGAGAAAGCUAAACUUAGUCAACAGUACUUACUGUCUGUGGAGGAGGUCAAGAAAAAGUCCCAUUUGCUGGCUGACUCACGCUCUCUUCAUGCUCAAGCUGACAAGGCUGUCAGUGAAAUGGAAGCUGCUGCAACUGAGCARCUACAAAGUCUUGCMAGCAAAAGUGAAACUGCUCUGAAGGCAUUAAGGGGUAAAUUAAGCAAAGCUGAAGCAAGAAUUGAGGAAUUYCAGGCUUUGAUAAAGACUCUUACUGACGAACUAAUUGCUGACAAUGAAAGAACAUGCUUUGAAAUUGCACAGUUUGAAGAACAAUUGAAGAAAGAUGAGCUGGAUAAACCAUCAUCCAAGCAUGCACGUCACUUGGCGUGUUCAAUAUUAAACAUGACUAGUGAUGACUUGGAUGAAUUUAUGAAGGAAAAUGAAAAACAGAGUAAGGAGCAAACUGCAAGGAGAGGCAGAGAAAGGGAAUGGAAAGAAGCUGUUGAUAUGCUUUUGAAAAAAGAGAUUCCCUUUGCUGUCCCUCUUAUAGAAGUUCUACUUGAUAUCAUAGAAGGUUCCAAGUCUUUGGGAGGAAGAUUACUUCAAUUGACGAACAAGAAUACUUGACUGGUACUUCUUAAAAUAGCYAUAAAUGAAAAUAAAUAUUUAUAUGAUAAUUGUAAAUUAUUUGUGAGAUUGAGGGAAGAAGCAAAAUGGAAAAUGAAAAAUGGGAGCAUAAUUAUUUUGGAACAAGUGAAUAUUUAGAAAAAACAAAAAUGAUAUACCGGUAAAUUAAAAAAAAUGAGUUAAUAAUUCGAUAAAAUUUGCAAACGUGACGCAUUAUGUGUGUUGCGUGACGAUCUAAGUAUGACGUGUCGAUUUGGGGUCCAGGAGAUCCCAAGGAACACGUGAUUUACAAAGAAAACUUUUCACAAAAAAAGUGGGGAAAGUAUUGGAUUGUAAAUUUGGAAAUCCUAUAAUAAUAAUGGCCGAUCAAUACGAAGAAUACAAUUACGAUGAAAGUUUACACUCUGGUGGCGCUAGAAAAGGCAAGAGUAAGUCUGAAGCUUCACAGAAUAAGAGCUUAUCAACACAAGGUCACAACGAACGUAAAGUGGUUGAAAAUAUACAACAUGGCGAAGAAAAACGGAAAGAGGAAUCUAUAAAACAACAUUCUAAACAAAAAUAGACUUCUAUACAAUUUGUACAGACAUUAUAGCAAGAUUGGACGAKAUUUUACUGCGAUUUAUUCAAGAUAAACUUAACUCGAAUGAAUGAACUUGAUUUUCAUCGAUUCGUGCCUUCCCUCACGAAUUUCUCAGGACAUAAUUACAAGGUGCCUAUUCUCUUUGGAUACGAAGAAUUACAGCGCAAGGACGUACAAGUUAUUUAGAUUUGGGUACAUGGAUUGUAAGGGUUAAUUGAUUGGCCUAUUUUUUUCUACCAUGUGUUAUUUAUCAGACUUUUAAUUACUGGUAGUAGCUCAUUUGCAUAAGUUUAAAUGUAAGUUUUUGAAUUUAUUGAAGAUUAAAUUUUCACAAUUUGCUUUGAA